AUGAUGAAGGUCCAUCACAUUCUCCUCCUCAUUUCUGCAGCUGGGCUGACCCUGUGCUACGAACACGAGACUCGCCUUGUUGAGGACUUGUUCAGGGACUACAACAAGGUGGUGCGCCCAGUGGAGGACCAUCGGGACGCCGUCGUCGUCACCGUCGGGCUGCAGCUCAUCCAGCUGAUUAGCGUGGAUGAAGUAAAUCAGAUUGUGACAACCAAUGUACGCCUGAAACAGCAAUGGACAGAUGUCAACCUCAAAUGGAAUCCAGACGACUAUGGUGGCGUGAAAAAGAUCCGCAUCCCUUCGGAUGAUAUCUGGCGGCCAGACCUUGUUCUUUACAACAAUGCAGAUGGUGAUUUUGCCAUUGUAAAAUACACCAAAGUCCUGCUGGAGCACACAGGUCUGAUCACCUGGACACCACCGGCUAUUUUUAAGAGUUACUGUGAAAUUAUAGUCACGCACUUCCCAUUUGACCAGCAGAACUGCAGUAUGAAGUUGGGAACUUGGACGUACGAUGGGACAAUGGUUGUUAUUAACCCAGAGAGUGAUCGUCCAGAUCUGAGUAACUUCAUGGAGAGUGGGGAGUGGGUGAUGAAGGAUUACCGUGGCUGGAAGCACUGGGUUUAUUAUGCUUGCUGUCCUGACACCCCUUACCUGGACAUCACCUACCACUUCCUCAUGCAACGCCUGCCUCUCUACUUCAUCGUGAACGUCAUCAUCCCCUGCCUGCUCUUCUCCUUUUUAACAGGGUUAGUUUUUUACCUACCCACAGAUUCAGGUGAGAAAAUGACUCUCAGCAUCUCUGUCCUGCUGUCUUUGACUGUGUUCCUUCUGGUCAUUGUGGAGUUGAUCCCCUCCACCUCCAGCGCAGUGCCUCUGAUAGGCAAAUACAUGUUGUUCACAAUGGUGUUUGUCAUCGCUUCAAUCAUCAUCACGGUCAUCGUCAUCAACACCCACCAUCGCUCCCCAAGCACUCACACCAUGCCACACUGGGUCAGGAAGAUCUUUAUUGACACAAUCCCAAACAUCAUGUUUUUCUCUACAAUGAAAAGACCAUCCAGAGACAAACAAGACAAAAAUAUUUUUGCAGAAGAUAUUGAUAUUUCUGACAUUUCUGGGAAGUCAGGCUCUGUGCCUGUCAACUUCUACUCCCCGCUUACCAAAAAUCCGGAUGUGAAAAAUGCUAUAGAAGGAAUCAAAUACAUUGCAGAAACGAUGAAAUCGGACCAAGAAGCCAGUAAUGCUGCAGAAGAAUGGAAGUUUGUUGCGAUGGUGCUUGAUCAUCUUCUCCUUGGCAUAUUUAUGCUAGUUUGUUUUAUAGGAACAUUAGCUGUAUUUGCUGGUCGACUUAUUGAAUUAAAUCAGCAAGGAUGA